CUGGCAUCCCCCGCCUAGGGGGUCUUUGCUCUGUUGUCACCUCCUGCUGGAAGCAGUUUCCUCACUCCACCCACUGUCCUCACCUCUCCUCCCUGCAGUCAUCCUAAGGCGCCUUACUGUGCCCCCGCAUCUCUCCUGUUAAACGUCUGCGUGGAGGGGGGCUCCCCUAGCCGACAGGACUUCCUCUCAAGAGUAGGGGUCCCGAGGCUCCCUCUCCUGGCGUCCCCUGCGGAGUAACUGAGUCCACGUAGUCCUCAGGCCCUGGCCUGUGACUGUCCCCUCCUCCUUUUUGUCCCUGUCGCCUCUGAUGGGAGAGUCACCGCCCACUCGCCCCCCAUUUUCACAGUGCUCCGCCUGUGGCUACCCUAGUCGCCCUCUUCCCCUGCCCUCUCCAAGGCAGGAGGGGCCGGGGCCCCAGAGGAAUGAGAGCCCCGGCCCAAAUGCCAGGCUGCGUGGCCCUGGAGCACUCAUCUCUCUGCCCUGAGCCUUACUUUCCUCCUCAGAUGGGAAGGAGGAUGGGAAGGAGGAGGCCAAUAGAACAGAACCGAGCACCUCCCGUCGCUGCGGGCCCUGGGGGUCAGGCAGAAAUGGUUUCAUCAGGUAGAAAUGGUUUCGGCCCCACUCCUGCUUGGCUGGCUGUGUGCCUGCUGGCCAGUGUCUUAGGCUCUUUGAGCCUCUCACCCAUCUGGGUGGAAUCAUGAUGCUGGGCUCCUAAGGCAGCAGGGUGGCAGUGAGGAUUAAGAACAGGCCUGGAGACCCAGUUGGUGACUGUAAAGUGGAGUGACAACAGCUCCUCCCUCGGGGAGGUGGAAUGUGAAUGAGAGGCCACUCACACCCAUGGCCUGGACCCUAGGCCCCUAGCUGCCCUGGCCUGGAUGGUCCCUGAGUUCACAGCCCCCAGAGGCAGGAAGUGGUGACAGGGCCGAGCCUGCACAGGUGCUGCAGACCCUGCCUUCCAUAACCUUGAGUCACCCAGGGCCUGCAGGUUGGAUUCAGCUUACAGCCUCUCCACUUGCCUUUGCCAUGUCCCUGUUGAGCUUGAAUUCCUCCACAACGGGGAGCUCACUACCCCUCUUGGGAAGCUCCUCAGCCACCCAAUAGCACAUGGCUCCACUGUGCAGAUCCACAGGCACAGAGAGCAGGAAGCGAGCCCCGCCUCCUUGGCCUUUUUCCCACUGUGUAGGGAGCAGGCCUGCCCCUGGGACUCAGGUUCCCACCCUUGGGGAGUGUGCAGUGUGACAGAGAAGGCGGGCAGUGGGACAGCUGUUCUGAGCCAGGAUGAUGGGAUCCGGGGCAGACGGCUCCGAGCUGCAUGGUGCACUCUUGGCACAGGGCAGUUCCUGGCCGUUUUGUUUGUUUUGCCUGUAUUGACUCGCUGCCCUCAGGUCAUUCCAUGACAGAACCAAUCCCGUCCUGAAGGGUACAUGUGUAUGGCGCUGCCCUGAGCAGAGACUGGCUCUGUCCAGGGUGAGGGAAGUCUGGUGCACACAAGAUGAGUGACAGGGUUCGGAUGGCAGCGGGGCGGCCCGAGGAGCUGUGGGAGGCCGUGGUGGGGGCCGCCGAGCGCUUCAGGGCCCGGACGGGCACAGAGCUGGUGCUGCUGACUGCCGCACCACCACCACCACCACGCCCAGGGCCCUGUGCCUAUGCAGCCCAUGGCCGUGGGGCCCUGGCCGAGGCUGCCCGCCGCUGCCUCCAUGACAUAGCUCAGGCUCACAGGGCUGCAGCCGCUGCUCGGCCACCCCGACCUCCACCAAUGCCACAGCCACCCAGCCCUCCUCCGAGCCCGCCCCGCCCAGCCUUGCCCAGGGAGGACGACGAAGAUGAGGACGAUGAGCCGACAGAGACAGAGACCUCCGGAGAACGGCUGGGCAACAGUGAUAAUGGAGGGCUCUUCAUGAUGGACGAGGACACCACUCUCCAGGAUCUGCCCCCCUUCUGCGAGUCAGACCCCGAGAGCACAGAUGAUGGCAGCCUGAGUGAGGAGGUCCCCGCCGGCCCCCCGAACUGUUCUGUGCCUGCUGCCUCUGCCCUGCCCACACAGCAGUACGCCAAGUCCCUGCCCGUGUCUGUGCCCGUCUGGGCCUUCAAGGAAAAGAGAACCGAGGCGCGGUCAUCAGAUGAGGAGAACGGACAGCCUUCCUCGCCCGACCUGGACCGCAUCGCAGCGAGCAUGCGCGCGCUGGUGCUGCGGGAGGCUGAGGACACCCAGGUCUUUGGGGACCUGCCGCGACCACGGCUCAACACCAGCGACUUCCAGAAGCUGAAGCGGAAAUACUGAGGCCUGGGGAGGCAGCGUCCCUGGCCGCUUCUGCAGGCCCCACACUACACCCCUGCCCCGCCCCUGAGGCCCGCCAAUCCGCGGGCCUGGCCGGGGCCCAGCCUGUCCCCUGCCCUUCUGCCCACGGCUCCUGUGCCAGAGAGCAAAAUGUGUCCAGUCCGUCGGUUGGGUCUGUCGACCUUUUCUCUGCCCAGCUACAGAUUCUUUGAAGGCCACCGAGUCACUCUGGACAGGAGCAUGGCUGGUUCUGAACCCAUCAAAGGUCAACUCCGUCGGUUUUGUGCCUAGCGACAGUCUUUGCUCGCUCGGCAUUGGCUCCAUCCUUGAAAGAGUACAGCCAAGCUCCAGGAUUGGGUAGUGGCCUCCACUUUAGCCUAGUGACUGGGCAGCUCUUUCAUUUGAUUGGCUUAAAUCCAGUCAAGGGGCUCUAUCAGUCUCCCCGGAGUUACCUCCGUCCUUUCUAAAUCCUGCUUCCUGAUUGGCUAUAGCCCUUUGGGGGUGUGGUCCAGUGCCCGCCCUUCCUAGGUCCUCCCUCCUGAUUGGCUGAAGCCUCGGGGCGUGGUCAAGCUCUCCAGUGCCCUGAAUCUAGCCGAGGCUUUCAGUUUGCUAGCUGUUGUUUUGUUUCAGUUUUUACACUACUGGGGCUGGACUCGGUUUUUUUGGCCGAGUCCUGACUAUUGUACCCCUGGCCUCCUCAGGGAUGGCUCAAUCCUGACCUUGAGUCCAGCGCCCCUCACUGGUUCCAUCCCAUAAGAGCCUACCAAUCCAAGCCCGUCCUUUUAUUCUGGACGGUACCAGCUCCCGCCCCUCCCUCCCACCCCCACAGGUGCCUUAAAGGUCCCUUGUCCACCCAAGGUGGGGGGCAGGGAGCCUCGCUCUCCGGCCCUGGUGUGGGGGAGAGAGUGGGAGGAUCGGGAGUUAGGAGUGGCGCUCUGAGAUUAAAAGAGUUUGAUAAAUGUGA